AUUAUGUUUUUCAGAAUGGUACAUAUUGAAAAACAGAAAAGCCCCAACAAUAUAAAACUAUCCACUUUUGUCUACAGGUGCCAACAUGAGAACUUAGUAGAAUUGCUUGGUUUCUCAAAUGAUUUUGAUCAGCCUUGCUUAGUAUAUGAUUAUAUGCCCAAAGGCUCCUUGCUUGAUAGAUUAGCUUGCCUGGACAACUCUUCACCAAUACCAUGGGAAACAAGAUGCAACAUUGCGUACGGGACAUCAAAUGGAAUCUCCUUCUUGCAUGAAAAUAACCAUAUUCAUAGAGAUGUUAAAAGUGCGAAUAUCUUACUGACAGAAACAUUUGUACCAAAACUUUCUGACUUUGGGCUUGCAAGGGCAUCGGUAAGAUUUACACACACUAUUCUAACAGAUAGAAUAGUUGGGACAGCAGCUUAUAUGGCACCAGAGGCAUUAAGAGGGGAGAUAACUCCUAAAUCGGAUAUCUUCAGUUUUGGCGUGGUAUUACUCGAAAUAAUAACUGGGCUUAGUCCUAUGGAUGAAAAUCGGGAUCCCCAGUUACUGCUGUCCAUCAAAGAGGAAAUUGAAGAUGAAGAAAAAACUAUAGAAGAUUAUGUUGAUAAAAAAAUCAGCAAUUUGAACAUCACCUCAAUUGAACAUAUGUAUUCAAUUGCUUCCCCGUGUCUGCAUGAGAAGAAGAACCGGAGGCCAGAUAUUGAAAGGGUCAAAGAACAUUUAAAAGAAAUGUUGAUUGAAUAAGAUGUCUAGUCAGUAGGUGUUUCAGUUUCAACUGGAUCUCGGAUCAACCUUCGGAUUCCUCUUUUUCCCACAGGCCCUUUUGGCUUAGCAAAACCUUGUUUGUGUGCAUGUCGUUUGGGAUGGACUUCUUCAUAGAGAAAUUCCGCAGUUAGUUCAUCUCCAUCAUCUAUUUCAAUCUGUUAUGAAAGGAGGAGAUAACAAUCCAAUUAAUUUUGAAAAAGGCUCCAUCCAGCAUAUAAAUAACUAUUAAAGAUAUAAAUCUUGAAAUGACCAUUUUAUAUACUUUAAAAAUCUUAUCAAAUCUGUCACCUAAUACUGUGUUUCUCCGAAAAUAAGACAGUUUUAUCAUUUUUUUGGCUACCAAAAAAGGCACCAGGUCUUAUUUUUGGGGGCGGAUGUCCACUGAUUCACCUCACUUGCACGCAUCAUCCCCAGCCUCUUUUUCACUAUCAGAGGCCUGAAGCAAAGCUUUCCUGAAGGCCUCUGAUAACAGAGCUCCGGAUCAAUCAGGGGCUCUGUUAUCUGCUAUGGAGGCCUUCAGGAAAGCCUUGCUGGCUGCAGCAGAAGAAAUGGGCCGAGGUGUGCGAGGCCUGGCUGCAACUAUCUGAAGAGAAGUAGUAGGGCAGCUCCACACCCCCAUCCCCAUCCUAGCUUAAUUUUUACCUGUGCACCCUGCAGUGAGUGGGGUCUUAAUUAGGGUUUAUUUUGUGGAAAGGGCUUCUAUUGGGCACAAGUGUAAAACUCAAGAUAGGACUUACUUUAUGAGUAGGUCAUAUUUUCGAGAAAACACGAUAGUUGAACUCAACAAAACCACCUAUGACCAUUUUUAAGCAUCAAAUAUAUAUAUAUAUAUAUAAUGGUAAUAGUACAUAAGAAAUGAUAAAUUGCUGAAUUUUCUUACCAUUUAAGGAUUAUUUUAUUGCAGUUAUUUUGAUAGUUUUAAAAGGAUAAACUUACAGCCUAGUGAAUGUAAUGAAAUAUUCCUACAGCUUAUCAGCCCUGGAUGCAUCUUUGGUCAGACUUUACAAGGCUGCCACAGUAAGAAUGGGAGAGUAGCAAAGGGAAUAAAUCAUAACAUUUUUUCACAUGAGAUCAAAGUCGAACUGCUGGCACCUGGAAGGAAGUGAAAGAAGUUUGGCGGCAGCUGAGACAGGGGAUUGAUUGGGGCAUGUGAUGUGAAUGUCACUGGACAGGGCAGGGUGUGAGUUUUAGUGUGGGUGGGGGAAACACGGGAUUUCAGAUUCAGGUUUUCUCCAGAUGUGCCAAUAUGACUUCUUAAUAAAAAUCUUACUUUGA